AAAACACAUUAGAAAAUUCGAAUACCAAAACGUCUGAAUACAAUUGAUGCAUUAAAUCGAAAAAAUAUGUGGAUGAUUCUGAAGCAACGCAACAUAUUUGUUAAUCUCAUAUUAAAAUGUUGUCAAUGGAAACGCCACAACAUCAGGGCAUCUAUGCUCCAUUGAACCAGGCAAUGUCCGAUUCAGAAUCUGAGGAAGAGAUACAUAAUUCCACAAAACAUCACCAGAUCCGCAGGCAACAAGAAUUGUUCUUACAACAACAACAGCAACAACCACAACAAUUAAAUUUAAAGGCGAAGGGCAGAGUUCCGCCCAACACUUUAAAUUUGCAGCCAAAAUCAUACCAACAAAAUCGUCGUAAGUUGCUAAUUGAACGUCAACGUCAGUUGGAAAGGAAUUUAUACAAUAGCAGCAUGCAGAACACCUAUUUACGAUCAGUUAUGAUGUCGGACGUAGGCAUGCCAUCCGACAGUGGCGGUCCUUGCGAUUCGGGUAAUAACUUUUCCAGUUUUAGCAACGAAUACGACGAGCGCAAUCAAACCGAUGCAGAUAAUGUGGCUAUACUCGGCGGAAAUGGUUGUUCAAAGGAAAUCCAGCUGGAACCGAUGUCGCCGGCAAGACGAUGCUGUUUCAUUGCCUCGCUAUUGUUAUGUGUACUGACCGUAAUUGUCUUUGUAUGGGUAAUACCGUGCAGCGAAGAUGGCGCUUGUCCGGCACCCAUCGAUCGCGUCAAAACACACAACUGGCUAAAUAAUUAUACGAAAAUUGAGCUGAAGGCAGGUGUGAACAUUGUCAAAGGAGUUCGCAGCUGGGAAAACAAUUUAAUAUUUUUGUAUCGUGGUGAUGCCUUCUUCCCGGAAUUCCGGCCGGAUAACUCAAAACGUAACGGUAUUAUUUCGUUAAUUGGAAGUUCGGGAGCCGUAGCAUGGUAUGAUGAAAUGGAAGACGAACCGUUGGCCAUAGAUUGCACGCUACUCGAUGUGGACAAGAACGGCCGGACUGACUGCCUUAUAAUCGAUGAGUAUGGUGAACUGGGGGCAAUAAAUCCUGUGUCUGGACAGUGGCAUUGGCGCUGCAAAGAGCGCUCGCCACACAAAGUUGAUGCCCUGGAUUUCCCCAUAAUAUUGCCUGACUUGGAUCGGGAUGGAGUUUUCGAUAUUUUAUUGGUAACUAGCGUAGCCUCAGAUCGCCAUUCGACGAGAAAAGGUGAUGCCGGAAAUAAAAGUGAGCUGGUUCAACGGAAUUUCCUUAGAAUUCUUUCUGGACGCAGCGGUCAGCCGAUAGGAGAAGGCUUUAAAGUUAUUGAAUGCGAUAUUGUGCGUAAGCUACAAUUAGAAAAUGGCCAAACAGUUUCUUUCAAUUGCAUUCACAACAAGACCGAGGCCCAGCGGUCUAAAACGCUGGCCGAAUUGUUCUCUCUCAUAACAAAUAAAUCGCUUAUGGGACAUAAGCUGGUGCCUGCCUCAAAAAUAUCCCAACACCGCCACUACGGCCAACGAAAAGACAUAGACUCCCAACGCAAUAUUUAUUCACUAAACGGGCGUGAACUUAUCGUGGAAAAUAGGGGCAAAUGUCCCGAAGACUGCAAUGUCACGUUCAUUCUAAGUGAGAAUCGCAAUGGAAAGGCAUACACGGUGCGAAAUUUUACCAGCAGUGGAAUGUACGGCAUGGUUCCCGCUCAGUGGCAUUUUAAGAACACAAAGCCCAACAUGUCGGGAUUUGUAAUGAAGUUUUGGAAAUGGAAAAGUGAAUCAUCAUCAUCAUCAAGUGGUCACACCUCAGCCAACCCACGAGGCAAUGAGACAGCUCAGAAGACUCAAACGGCCAAAAUGAAAUCAAAGUCAACGAAGAGUCCGACCAAAGACAAUACCUCCAAGACUUACAAACAAAAUCAUGUGCAGAGCGAAGAAGACAAUCAACGUCAUAGUGGCCAUCAACGUGAACUGAAGCAUGAUGAGGAGGAGUACGAUGCAUUCGAACACGUUAUACAUAAACGUAGCUCAUUUGAUUUCGAUGUCAUAGCUCCCCGUUCCAAACGCAGUACUUCCACCUCGAAUGCGACGAAUAAAAAAUCAUCGGGUCCAAGUCUGUUAAUGAAUGACUACAAAAUGCAACUGAUUACAGAAUCUGUAAUACUGGUAUUAUUUAUUGGAACAGAAACGCGCAUCGAGAAUACCUCACAAAGUAAUAUAGUUCAGUUCUGUCGCAAUGAUCGAAAAACCGUUGUCUGCCAACCGGAUCUAAAUAAUCAAGAGAACUCAAUGCUUAUUGAAGAUUUGGAUCAGGAUGGUUCUCAGGAGUUGGUGUCGUAUAUGUCAACAUUUGUUCAGGGCAGUGAGGCCUCUCAAGACUGGCGUUUGGUUACAUAUGUACGCCUAUUGAGGCUGCAAUCAGAAUUGCCUGCCUUUUAUGGUGAUGUAAAGAGUAAUUAG